AUGGCGGAGGAUAUGUGGACCAUAAAUCUUCUAUGCGAUGGGGCUGAUAAAGGAGAGAAACGUGUGCAAAAUAAAAUGGAUAGAGAUGAGAUAUGCUACUUCAACUUGAUGGAAAUGAUCGAGCAUUAUGGGUACUCAUCAGUUGACUAUAUAUACUACAGAAGAAACGAUGGCCAUGUUGCAAUAGAACAAGAUGCUCAGGUCAUGGAAAUGCUUGAGGAGUGUGAGAGCCAAAAGUCAGUUAGCUUGUUUGUGACAAAGCAAAGACUGGCCACAUUAGCGCCUACCAAUUCCAACAAAGAACCAUCCAAAUCUCAACCAAAUAAAACCAAAGUGCCUGUGGCAAGGGGUAGAAGGAAACAGAUAAUUCAGAGUCAUGAUGAAUAUUUGCCAGAAGAGCAUAUUGGACAAGAGAGCCAUGGACAAACUAGAGAGGCAUCUGAACUCCAUUCAAGUGCUAUAGGAGAUCAGAUUGAUGGUGAUGGUGAUAUUGAAGUUAAUUUCCACGAUGAAAGUGAAGAUAGAGUAAAGCGUGGAAAGACGAAACUGAAAGAUAUUUGGAACCUUCCAAAAGGUCACAAAAUCGUGGUUAGAUGCAAUGAGCUGGAUCAACCAAUUGGAGUAGAGGCUGGGUUUCUUGGAAAAUUUCUUGGCAUGGUUGCUAGGAAUGGUUGCUUGUGUAGCUUGAGCUACAAGGAUUGGAGACUUCUAAUAGGAAAGAAAGAGAAAAACACUGAUGAACAAAAAAAUAAAAAGGAUAUACUUAAGCAAGUGAAGAUGAGAUUCUUGUACCCUUCUCGCAUGGAAAAAUGGAUACUUCGAACCAUAGGAGAGAGAUGGAGGCAACACAAGUCUAAUCUGAAAUCAAUAUAUUUUGAUGAGCAUAAGAGCACAAAAGAUAACCAUAAUAAUGUUCCUGACGGUGUAAUUGGUUAUCAGUGGAUUGCGCUUGUUGAUUAUUGGACGACACAAAAAGCACUGGAUAUAAGUAAGAAAAACAGAGUAAACUGUACAAAGAAGAAGUCAACACAUACAGCUGGAACAAAGAGUUUUGCUCGGAACAGAGAGGAGUUGAGGGAAAAAGAUCCUGAGAAGAAAAACCCUCACAGAGCUAUUUUGUAUCUCCAUACACACCAGACUAAAAGUGAGGACACAAAUGCACAUGUGGAGGCUUUGAAGAAACUUAUAGAGCAACAGCCAUGUUUAGCGGAGACUAGUCAAGGAAAGAUCGAGAAGAUAGAUGUAUGA